AUGACGAUGAUGGUGAUGAUGAGAGACUCAUCAACCAUGGGUGCUGUGGGUUUUGAUAGAGUGAGCAAGGUAGUUCUUAUGCAAGAUUUUGCAAGUGACAACAUCUUUCUCUUUGAGCUUGUUCCUUCUCCUGACCGCCAUACUCUUUUCUUCUCCGGCGAGAUUGGAAUCAACUUGAUUGAUCGAUUCGAUGCCUCCAAGUUCCCGACUCGAUUCGGUGGUCAGAUCCGUGGGUUUAGCUCCAAAGGUUACAUCGAUGGGAAGAAUGAGUGUCGGCUUCACGAUUGUUUGAAGUAUUGCAUUGUCGCUGGAAAAAAGGCUCUUGAGAUUGCAAAUCUCCGCGGUGACAAGCUUCACACGGUACAUUUUCACUCCUCGCUAUCUUAG